AGGUUAUUCUCAUAAGCAUCUAUUGUAUGAGAUGACGAUACUUGAAAACCAUCUAUAUUUUGUAUAUAGAUUUAUAUGAUAUCCUAAGAAAUUUAAUAUAGAUGAGUAGUUGGAACUUGGUCAAUCUCAUUUUCGACUUAUAAAAGGGAUAAAAGUAGUUUGAGUUUCGCCAAACUGAAAACCCUCAGUAUGAGAGGCGCAUCAGCCCGACUUUUUCACACCUUACGACCCCUCCGGCAUGAGAACCCCUUAGGCCUACCGCGAACAGGAUCUAUUCCUCGCAUGCAGCGGGGUCUCCCCGAGCGGCGAAAGAUCAAAGACGUUGCGAAAGUGGUCGCCGUGUCGUCAGCGAAAGGAGGCGUGGGAAAAAGCACAGUGGCGGCAAACCUCUCACUUGCUUUCGCGCGAAUGGGAUAUCGCGCCGGCAUCCUGGACACAGACAUAUUCGGGCCAUCCAUACCCACGCUCUUCGAUCUCUCCGGGGAACCACGAUUAUCAUCCAACAACCAACUACUUCCCCUUUCAAACUAUGGCGUUAAGACUAUGUCGAUGGGGUAUAUGGUCGGCGAAGACGCCCCAGUGGUGUGGCGCGGACUCAUGGUUAUGAAAGCCCUCCAACAGCUACUGCACGAGGUAGAAUGGGGUGGCCUGGACAUUCUAGUGCUCGAUCUGCCUCCGGGUACGGGUGAUACACAGCUCAGCGUUACGCAGCAAAUCAUUUUAGAUGGCUCCGUCAUCGUGACGACGCCUCAUACGCUGGCCGUCAAAGACGCUGUUAAGGGGAUCAACAUGUUCAAAAAGGUGAAUGUGCCCCUCCUCGGCCUCGUCCAGAACAUGUCCUUGUUUAGCUGUCCCCACUGCCAUCAGGACACGGCCGUGUUUGGAUCCAACGAACGUGUAAAGGAGCUGUGCCAAAAUCAUUCGCUCGAUUUACUUGGGGACAUCCCCUUGCAUCAAAACGUUGGAGAUGAUGGACAACGAGGCAAACCCACAGUUGUAUCGGAGCCCGACAGCCAUAGAGGAAAGGCGUUCAUCGAUAUCGCUCGACAAGUGGGUGCGAAGAUAGGUCUCGAGCCAAGAUAGAUGAGUCGCGGCUAGGAAAGAUGGAUGAAGGGGUUUGUCACAACGAUAUCAUGUAUUAUUACGUAGGGUGCAUUGUACGAUCAUACAUCACUAUCUACGCGAAACAUCACUCAAAGGGGCAGCAUAUCAGAUACGGAUACAGACACCGGGUGCAGAACCGGCAUCUGGGAGAAAGCUGGCGGUUGCGUAGGCUAGCUGGCUGGAUAGUAUACCCUGUAUACAACAAGCGCUUAGCACAUCAACACAGCGGACCGAGAGGGAGUAGGAAUGACUUCGCUCUGAUUAAACAUAGCUAGCUUGCGCGGACGCUCAGCAA